AUGGACUGGAGGGGGAGCUCGGAGGAGGCGGUGGUCCCAGCUACUACGACGGUAGAGGGAGAUGAGAUGCUGCUGAGUUUCACCCGCCGGCGGACCAGCCACCCGCGCCGCUGCGCCACAUCCGAUAGUUGGCCUGUGACCAGCAUCCCAAACAACGUGACCUCGACGCGUGCUGCCCAUCCCCUCAUCCGCAUCCUAUCACCCAUCAGACUCGUCUGCUGGUUUCCUCCACGGAUCCUGUCUUCGCGCACUGGGUUUCAUUCCGCCACGAACCCGCCCGCAGAUCACGCGCCUUCCCUUCUUCAGCGCUUCAACCUUCCAUCUCCAGUCCGCAUUCAAUCUUACAUCCUCCGCUUUCUCUGGCCGGCGGCAAGCACUCCCACCGACGUUCUCACCCAUAGCGCUGUCUCAUUCAUAUUCAGGGUAUGCGGGGUCGCGGACGUGGGGGCGCCAUCGCUACAGAAACGACUGGUGGCUGCGUGUGGUAGUUGCUGCGACCGCUACUCACUCCGCGGUAGUUCUUCUGGUGGCCGCAGAAUCCGGAAAUUGAACUUGCGGGCAUCCUAUCCUCACGAUGAUGUGACGACGGACGGGCGACUUCUCAGCUCGGGCACGCCUCCCAGCCCCGUAUAUGCGCGUGUGCAUGCGCGCGAGGCUGCGACCAGCACGCGUUUCUGCGCGCAUAUACACAGCCCGCUGCUGGCCCUAUUUCACCACGACGCGGACGACGGCGCAGUGUGCAGCUUCGCGUCCCAAAGCGGAACGUGUGCCCAUGCUCACGGCCUCGGAUCGUCAGCGGCGGGCAAGCCCCCAUCCGUCACGCAGCGCUCGACCCUUUCUGUUCCGCUCGGCCACAAACGGCUCGCUUCAAGCUUCGCGGCCCCCCGGGUCCUCGCGAGCCUCUCUCUCCCAUCAUGUCCUUCAACGGCAUGGUUCCGUCCCUGGACCCUUCUCGUCUUCCAACAGAUGUCAGAGCAGAACAGAACAGGGCAGGAUGCGACAUACACAGAAGAGAAAGGGGCGCGGGUGAUCAACACUUCAGCCCGCUACAAGGACCUGGCAUUCGCGUUCCCAGCGGCAUGGACCGUGCAGCUCGCCGUUCUUACGCCUCUAAUCGCCCCCGGGGAGCACGCGUGGACCCAGGUUCCUUACCUAGAGCAACGACCCCCUGAGGGCUUUGAGCGCGCGUUCCCGUGUCUCUCCUCCCUCCCACCUCCCCCCGCAUCUUCACACUCGCGCAUCUGGCCUGGCCUGACGGCUGUGCAGACGAUACUCACAGCACGGACUCGGCACGGACCAAGGUUGCGUCGAUCUCCCGCCGCACGCCCGCUUUGGGCAUGCGAAGACGCGCUCGCGCGCGCGCGUGACCCCACGAAGCACGCAGAAGGCGUCGAGGAAGCGGGAAGGGUCGCGGGUGCAAGGAAGCACGCCCGCGCGAACGUUCUGUGGCGUAUUCUAGAACGCCGGCCGUUGCGGAUCCCGCUCGUGCAGCCUUCCUUUCUCAGUCAGCAACGAAUGUCGGCGUGGCUCUGGCCCACUCGCUCGCUCGCAUCGAACCGUCACGGGCAGUCGGUCGGUCGCGCGGGCGGGCGGUCAGCCAGCUUCAGCGCCAGCGCUCGUUAG